AUUCUCCUCAAACCAAACGAAAAAGCAAUCCUUUAAGUCAAAGAGCUGCUCCCAUUGAAUUGGUUCUCUUUCAUUACAUCAAACUCUGGGCCUGAAUUCUUGUAAUAACUCAAAGUAUGGCUUCUUGCUUUUGUACAACAAUCUCAAAUGCUAAAUUAGUUGUAGAAUUCUUCAUACUUCUUCUCCUCUUAGGUUCUUGCACUCUUUCUUUUGCUGGAAACCUCAACCAAGAUUUUGAUAUUACAUGGGGUGAUGGCCGCGCCAAAUUACUCGACAAUGGCAAACUGCUGACGCUUUCCCUGGAUAAGGCCUCUGGCUCCGGCAUUCAGUCCAAGCAUGAGUAUUUAUUCGGGAAGAUCGAUUUUCAGCUCAAGCUUGUUCCUGGAAACUCUGCCGGCACUGUUACUGCGUACUACUUAUCUUCACAAGGUCCAAUGCACGACGAGAUAGAUUUCGAAUUCUUGGGCAACCUAAGCGGGGAUCCCUACCUUGUCCACACAAACGUUUACACACAAGGCAAGGGAGACAGGGAGCAGCAGUUCUACUUAUGGUUCGAUCCCACCGCUGAUUUCCACACAUACUCCAUUCUCUGGAAUCCUCAGACCAUCAUUUUCUACGUGGACGGGACGCCAAUCAGAGUAUUCAAGAAUCUGGAAUCCCGUGGCAUUCCCUUCCCCAAAAAUCAGGCAAUGAGAGUUUACUCAAGUCUCUGGAAUGCAGAUGAUUGGGCCACGAGAGGUGGGCUUGUGAAGACAGACUGGAGCCAGGCUCCAUUCACAGUCUCGUUGAGGAACUUCAGGGCCAAUGCCUGUGUCUGGAAAUCGACGAAAUCUUCUUGCAGUGCGAAUAAUAGUUCGUCGACGAAACCAUGGUUGUCGGAGGAACUUGAUGCAGCCAGUGCAUCCAGGUUGAAAUGGGUGCAAGAAAAUUACAUGGUUUAUAACUACUGUGCUGAUGCAAAGCGCUACCCUCAGGGGCUUCCUCCCGAAUGUACUGUCAAUAACACCACCAACAAGAACUAGAAGACAGUACACAAAUAACAGAUCAUAUGUAUGUUUGUUCUAUUGAUUAUGUUGAUAUGAUGUAGUUGGUUUUUGUUUGUUUUGUUGUCGGAGAUUAAUGAAUGAUGCUUGAAUGAGGAUUAUUGUUAUUUUGUAGUGAAAGAUGAUUCAAUUUUGCAUUGUUGCAGUGAAGCAUAAAAGUGAAAGGAUUACACUUUGACCUCCUA